UAUAAAUAAUUAUUAUCUAGAAGCAAGCAUUAUGACAAGCCUUUUUUCAAGAUGUCCCAAACAUAUUUAUUCAACAUUUACUAUAAUACAUAAUCAUUGUUUUCGUAAUUUAAUAACAGCAAACAAAUCCCUUUGUAUUAAUUAUUGUAAUAGUAGAUCAACGAUAAAAACACACCAGGUAUACAGAAGUGAUUUGAGUAAUCCAGACUUUAAUGCGUCUAAAGCUAAACUUAUUUCAAAAUUGAAUUUCUUAUGUGAAGAAGAUGCACUUCCUUUUUACAAAUUGUCCACUAGAAGUUUAUUACAAAUUUACAAUUGUACAAAAUAUGAUGAAAAAAUGGGUUUUUGUAAAAACAGAUUAUAUUACAUUUCAUCUCGAUUAAAAUGUUCUCCUGAUAUGUUACGAGAAACGGUGGCUAAAAGAACCUUCGUUUAUAACUUACCAUUUGACUGGCUUGAAAGUUCUUUGAAUGUUUUACUAGACAUGGGAGUAAGUUCUGAACGUAUAUUGAGAGAUUUGUGGGUUCUAAAAUAUCACCCAAAAACUAUACAUGAAAGACUUCAGAAAGUCAAAAGUUUAGGAGUAGAAACUGUGUAUCCUUGGAUGGUAAGAUGCACUGAGCAAAUUUUAAAUAGAUAUAUUGAGAUAUUACAAGAAACAAAAAAUAUUCUUGGGGAAAAUCAGUCUACACAUCUAUACUUAGCAAAUAGAUUAAAUGUUUCUCCUAAGGAUGUGGAAGAAAUGUGUGAAAAAGUGCCUGCACUAAGAACAAUUAGAGUAACAAAGGUCAAAUCAUUUUUAGAUUUUUUAAUUAGUGAAGGAUUUACUAUUGAAGAUAUUGCAAGGAGACCGAGGGUGUUAACUGCAUCUCAGAAGACCGUAAAGCAACGACUAGAAAAACUUAGAAGUUUAGGCCUAAAAGAAAUUAAUUUAAAUACAGUGUCUAGAAGUAGAAAGGAUUUUAAAAAGUAUUUUGCAUCAUUAGAAUCUGUUUCAAUCCAAAACUAGUCUAGUUAGUUAGUCUAGUCUAGUAGGUGUAUUAUUAUUAUUUUAUGCUAAUGAAUCCAAGCUGACCAUUAAUUAUCUUGCUAUUUUACCUUCGUGUGAAG